AUGAGCGCUGCCGAGCAACUUCAGAGCGUCAUAAGCUCCCUUGAGAUGAACCUUGGCAUUGAAGCCAAUGCCCCAAUCGUUAACGAUAAGAAGCCACAAGAGAAAAAGGAGCAACAGGUCAAAGUAAAGAAACCUAAAGCGCCCAAGACUCCUGCUGCUGAUCCCAAUCAGCCUGAGAUCACAAAACUUGACAUUCGUGUUGGCAAAAUUGUCAAAGUUUACAAACAUGAGAGUGCUGACAAACUUUAUUGCGAAGAAAUUGAUGUAGGCGAAGACGAACCACGUCAUAUUGCCAGUGGUCUAGUGUAUCACUACUCGCUUGAAGAGAUGCAAGACCGUCGUGUCUUGGUCUUGUGUAACCUUAAACCACGUAACCUCGUUGGAUUUCGGAGUCAUGGUAUGGUCUUAUGUGCUGCUGUUCCUUUAGAGGAUGGUACGGAAAAAGUAGCAUUUGUGACACCUCCCGAAAGUGCUCAAAUUGGUGAACGUAUCACAUUUGAUGACCUUAGGGGCGAGCCAUAUACACCUGCUCAAGUGGAGAAGAAGAAGGUUCUCAUGGUAUUAGGUGAUGACAUGAAAACGGACGAAAAUGGUGUCGCUAUGUGGAAAGAACACGUGUUUAAUACGUCAGCAGGUCCAUGUACAGCUCCUGUAAACAAUGGUAUCAUUCGAUAA